GCAUGGCAGAAGGCACGCAGUGAUGGCUGGGAGAGAGCCUUCUGUGAGAAGAACUUUCUGUCUCAAGCCACGAUGGAAAUAAUCGUAGGAAUGAGAACACAGUUGCUUGGUCAGCUUAGAGCCUCAGGUUUUGUUAGAGCCAGGGGAGGAGCCGAUAUUAGAGAUGUUAAUACUAACUCUGAAAACUGGGCUGUAGUGAAAGCUGCCUUAGUGGCUGGUAUGUACCCCAACCUGGUGCAUGUAGACAGAGAGAAUUUGGUCUUGACUGGACCAAAGGAGAAGAAAGUGCGAUUUCAUCCUACCUCUGUGCUUAGUCAACCUCAGUAUAAAAAGAUUCCACCGGCAAAUGGGCAAGCUGCAGCAAUUCAGGCCCUCCUCACAGACUGGCUUAUAUAUGAUGAAAUGACGAGAGCUCACAGGAUAGCAAAUAUCAGAUGCUGUACUGUAGUAACACCUGUGACUGUGUCACUCUUCUGUGGACCAGCAAGAUUACCAAGUAAUGCUUUGCAGGAGCCUUCAUCCUUUGGAGGGUAUGGGUUAUCUAAUGAUAACAGUGAUAGUGAGAUGGAGGACACCACAGCUGCUAAUUUGGCCCUACUGAAGUUGGAUGACUGGCUCCAUCUCAAACUGGACCCUGAAGCUGCUGGUUUGCUGCUGCAACUCAGACAGAAGUGGCACAGCUUAUUUCUGCGUCGUAUGCGAGCUCCUUAUAAACAGUGGUCUCAAGUUGAUGAAACAACUGUAAGAGCAAUUGUAGCUGUUUUAAGUGCUGAAGAACAGUCUGCAGGUUUGCAGCAGCCUUCAGGAAUUGGUCAGAGACCAAGACCUAUGGCUUCUGAAGAGCUUCCUUCAGUAUCUACGUGGAGGUCAACCAACAGUAGGAAAAGCACAGCAGAAGCAGAUUUCUCUGACUCCUCUAAUGUUGAAAAAGUUUUAAUGAAAUCUACACCUCCUGCAUUUCAUCAGCCAAAGGCGUACAAGGAUAAAAACACUUCACACUCCAAACGAACUUCAGAUGACAAAUCAGAUCAAUCAUCAGUGAAGUCUACAGACAGCAGUAGUUACCCCAGCCCCUGUGCCAGUCCAUCUUCUCCAGUAUCUGGAAAGGGUUCUAAAUCUCCUUCACCAAGACCAAAUGUGCCGGUUCGGUACUUCAUCAUGAAAAGUUGCAACUUGCAAAACAUUGAUAUAUCUCAGCAGAAGGGGAUAUGGUCUACUACGCCAAGUAAUGAACGGAAACUAAAUAGAGCCUUUUGGGAGAGCAACAUGGUUUACUUAAUAUUUUCUGUUCAAGGAUCUGGACACUUUCAGGGUUUUGCUAGAAUGGCUUCAGAGAUAGGGUGUGAGAAAAGUCAAGACUGGGGAUCUGCUGGUUUCGGAGGUGUGUUUAAGGUGGAGUGGAUUCAAAAAGAAAGCAUUCCUUUUCAGUUUGCACACAAUUUGCUGAACCCUUGGAAUGACAAUAAGAAAGUACAAAUAAGCAGAGAUGGCCAGGAGCUGGAGCCACAAGUUGGAGAGCAGUUGUUGCAGCUUUGGGACCGUAUUUCUUUGGCAGGAAAGAACUCACCUGAGCAAGUCAA